AUGGCUGAGACCAACCCACCACUCUCGCAAACGGAAGAUAUAGCGUCGCUGUUUCAGCAGCACAAAGAAAAUGAGAUCCGAGAACUGAGCCGAAGGGGGGGGUUUCGGAUGGAAUGGAAUGUCUACAAGGGAGGGCUGUUGAUGGCUUGUCUCAGGCUCUCGACAUCCCUCUCGCAAGUCACGCGUCGGAAGCGCUAUACCCUUCUUGGGACUAGCGCAGGGCAGCCGGCUCCUGACCACACCACAGAACCGCUACAUCCUGGGGGGUCCUCACUCACUAAGGACCUUUAA